ACACUUGUUUCAUAGACUUCCCCACUAGACUGUGAGCUCCAUAGGGCUGGGUCCCAGGUCGGUUUCACCACCAGGCUCUCUCGCCUAACUCGGCCGACGGGAGGCGGUUUUCAGCUGCUCUGGCUCCAUAGCUCAGCCUGGCAGCGGCCAGUGGGUGCCCUGAUUUGGUCGGCCCCGCCUCCCAGGGCUUUACUUCCGGGAUGCUUCAGGCGGGAGCAAGAAACAUGGUCACAUACCACGUAAUGCGCCUGCGCAGAGUCCGUCCUGCGCCUGCGCAUUCCUGACAGCUCCUCCAGAACCGGACAUAACGGUCCCCGCGCGGCUCCCCGAACCGGAAGUGGAGGUGAGCUGUCGCGGGCGGCGCCCGGCCUUGCUCAACGCCUGGCAGUCCCCACCGUCGCUGCCGCUGCCGAGGCCUCCUGCAGCCACCAUGUCUGCUAGCGCCGUCUACGUGCUGGACCUGAAGGGCAAGGUGCUCAUCUGCCGGAACUACCGUGGCGACGUGGACAUGUCGGAGGUGGAGCACUUCAUGCCCAUCCUGAUGGAGAAGGAGGAGGAGGGGAUGCUGUCGCCCAUCCUGGCCCACGGAGGGGUCCGUUUCAUGUGGAUCAAACACAACAACCUGUAUCUGGUUGCCACAUCCAAGAAGAAUGCGUGCGUGUCGCUGGUCUUCUCCUUCCUCUAUAAGGUGGUGCAGGUGUUUUCCGAGUACUUCAAGGAGCUGGAGGAGGAGAGCAUCCGGGACAACUUUGUCAUCAUCUACGAGCUGCUGGAUGAGCUCAUGGACUUCGGCUACCCCCAGACCACUGACAGCAAGAUCCUGCAGGAGUACAUCACUCAGGAAGGCCACAAGCUGGAAACAGGGGCCCCACGGCCCCCAGCCACCGUCACCAACGCGGUGUCCUGGCGGUCCGAAGGCAUCAAGUAUCGGAAGAAUGAGGUGUUCCUGGACGUCAUCGAGUCUGUCAACCUCUUGGGUAAAUACCCAGGAGUGGGAUGGCUGGGUCACACGGUCAGCGCCAAUGGCAACGUCCUGCGCAGCGAGAUCGUGGGCUCCAUCAAGAUGCGGGUCUUCCUCUCGGGCAUGCCCGAGCUGCGCUUGGGCCUCAACGACAAGGUCCUCUUCGACAACACAGGCCGCGGCAAAAGCAAAUCCGUGGAGCUGGAGGAUGUGAAGUUCCACCAGUGUGUGCGGCUAUCACGCUUCGAGAACGACCGCACCAUCUCCUUCAUCCCGCCCGACGGCGAGUUCGAGCUCAUGUCCUACCGCCUCAACACCCACGUCAAGCCUUUGAUAUGGAUCGAGUCGGUGAUUGAGAAGCACUCCCACAGCCGCAUCGAGUACAUGAUCAAGGCCAAAAGCCAGUUCAAGCGGCGGUCAACAGCCAACAACGUGGAGAUCCACAUUCCCGUGCCCAAUGAUGCCGACUCACCCAAGUUCAAGACGACGGUGGGGAGCGUCAAGUGGGUCCCCGAGAACAGCGAGAUCGUGUGGUCCAUCAAGUCCUUCCCGGGCGGCAAGGAGUACCUGAUGCGGGCCCACUUCGGCCUGCCCAGCGUGGAGGCUGAGGACAAGGAGGGCAAGCCCCCAAUCAGCGUCAAGUUCGAGAUCCCGUACUUCACUACCUCCGGCAUCCAGGUGCGCUACCUGAAGAUCAUUGAGAAGAGUGGAUACCAGGCCCUGCCGUGGGUGCGUUAUAUCACGCAGAACGGAGAUUACCAGCUCCGGACCCAGUGAGGGGCUGUCGCGGCCAAUGCCCCGGCCUCGGGGCUCCUGGGACACACCUGCCAAGCCCGCCAGAUGGAGGGGCCCUCCCUGGUCUCUGGCCACCCUCCCAGCCUCCGCCCAGGGACCCCUGCCUUCCCCAGGCCACCUGCUCUGCCGUUGACAGUCGUCUCAGAAGCCCCUUUCCCAGAAGAGGCUGGUCUUCGAGAAGGCUCAUCUCUUUUCCCCCUGAAGUCAGUUUCAGGGGAAGGAUGUGAAAAUUUUCCCUUUUGAGGUUACAGCCUUUUAUGCUGUUGAGCUCCCAGGUACCAAAAAGCUUGGCCAAUGCUUGCCAGCCAGCCAGCUGCAGUUGGCAUCUGCCACGAAGGAAGCACCAGCCUCGCCGGGCCAGCAGGGGCGUCAUUUUGUUGCCAUUUUGUUGAAUGUUAUGGGUUUAUGGGUGUUCCUGGAACUUGUCUUUGUGCGUUCGUUGCUGUUUGUGUUACCCUCACUGUCCCCAUGUCCCACCCACGUCCUCCGGCACUCAGGCAGCACUUAGUGAGGACGAGCCCUCACCCCUCUUGUCUUCCUGCCCGGCAGCGCCCGCAGCGGGCCGUUUACACGUUGGGGCCGGCACCUGGCGCUCUCGGGGCCACCGCAGCGUCUGCCUGCUGCCUGGACUCGCAGGGCUCGCCUGUGGCGCCUUCCCAGGGCCAGCCUGGGUCACAAGACGCUGUCACUCAGCCGGAUCAGUAUUGACCCACCAGGGGAGGUGGGGAUUGGUGAGAGACGCCGGCCUCAGACUCUUUCCCACUGAGGGUCCAGAGAGCGGGGCCACGUGUCACCCACGUCUGCGCUUGGUCACCCGCCCUCCCUACCCUGUGUGUGUUCACGUCAUAGUUACAUUAAAUUCCAUUCAUUGAAUGCUCCA